AUGGGGAAAAACAACAAAGAUAAGCCUGGGGAGGCGGCUGAAGCUCCUUCUGCUACACCUGACUCAUUAGCGGCCAUGUUAGAAACUAUGCGGCAAGAACUCAAGCCUUUGAAAGAUAUACCAGUCUAUAUUACACAGCUUCGAGCUGAUAUCAGAGAGCUAAAAAUUGAACUUUCUGCCAUGCAAGAAAAAUUUCAGUCAGUGAGUGCCAAAUGCAUUGAAGUGGAGGAAAGACUUGCCACCCACGAGACAUCAUGCAAUGAAAAAAUUACCUCAUUAACUAGUCGGGUGGAUCAAUUUGACUCUGCACUGAGGCGCCGUUCUCUCAAGGUACUCGGGUUGAUUGGUGUGGAGGCAAGAACCAACGCCGAGUGGGUAGACUUCAUGGACCUUUUUUUCAGGCAAGUCUUCAAGUUGGACCAAGCAUACCCCUUGGACAUUGAAAAAACCCGUUGCCACCAGUAUAGCAUUUUCUCCGCACCACCGCUCGCCUUCGUUUCGUCUCCCCGUCGACUCACCCAGGCACCUUUUCCAAACUUCGCUGUGGCCGUCACCGCUCGACUCAGGGCCGCCUAUGCCUCGGAUUUCAGUAACUGUCCAGUCCGCUCCGCCAACGCUAUUCAGCCGCCACCGCCACCAGCCGCUCUCGCCCUAUCAAACUUCUUACACGGCCCUUUCGCCUCUCCGCCGCCGCGCCGCGCCGCCAGCAACCUCUCUUCUGUCUUUCGCUUCCCUGCCAGACGGAUGUUGGAACUAGUGCUGGUGGUCAUGCUGCUGCUUUUACCUUCAACUGCAUGCAAAGCAGAGCCCACCAAGUGUGGCAUGAAGGAUGCGCUCCCUGUUCCUCUUGAAUGGUUCCAGCUGGGAGAUCUCCUCAUUGGUGAAAUUGCUUCUCAUUUAUUUUACCAUGUGCAUGAAAUAGACUUCAGACAAUAUCCCGCUCAGGAGUUAUACAGGAAUCCAUAUACAACUACAAAAGUCUACCAACAUGUCCUGGCUCUGGUGUUUGCUAUUGUAGAGAUCAACAAAAAUCCCAGCUUCUUGCCCAAUGUCACUCUUGGGUUCCACAGCUAUGACAGCCGCUAUGAUAAGGAGACCGCCCUCAGGUUGCUCUUUAACGUGCAUCGAUAUUUACCUAACUUUGAAUGUGAUGCCCAUAAAAACCUAAUUGCUGUCAUUGGGAAAUUUAGCUCUGAUACCUCCUUCCACAAGUCAGGCAUACUCAGUCUCUACAAGAUUCCACAGGAGCCAGUGGCCAUCAGUGAAACAUGUACUGGGGAGGAGAGGUUGGAGAGUCUUCCUAGUUCCCUUUUUGAAAUGGGCAUGACUGGUCACAGCUACAGUAUUUACAAUGCAGUCUAUGCCAUAGCACAUGCUGUUCAUGCGCUGUACUCAUCCCAGUUCAAUCACAGGGCAAUGGACAGUGGUGGAAUAAUGGAACUUUAUGAUGUCCAACCUUGGCAGACAUGGCCCCUUUCUCUGUGUAGCGAUUACUGCAAACCUGGCUAUCGUAAGAAAAAGAGGGAAGGGCAGCCAUUUUGCUGCUAUGAUUGUGUUCCAUGCCCAGGAGGGAAGAUUUCAAUCCAAACAAACAUGGACAAUUGCAUCAAAUGCCACAGUGAUCAAUAUCCAAGCAAAAACAAAGAUGGAUGCAUCGCCAAGACAUUAAGCUUCUUGUCUUUUGAAGAACCUUUAGGAAUUAGUUUGGCUUCCAUAGCUGUCUGUUUUUCCCUCAUCACAGCCACAGUGCUAGGAAUCUUCAUUAAGCACAAAGACACCCCCAUCGUCAAAGCCAACAACCGAGAGAUCACCUACGUACUUCUCAUCGCUCUCCUGCUCUGCUCACUUUCUUCUCUUCUAUUCCUUGGCCGACCAAGGAAGGUGACCUGCUUUCUCCGACAGUCUGCUUUCGGCAUCAUCUUCUCAGUGGCUGUUUCCUGUGUUUUGGCCAAAACCAUUACUGUGGUUGUAGCUUUUAUGGCCACCAAACCAGGGUCCAGCAUGAGGAAGUGGGUGGGGAAAUGGCUGGCUAACUCCAUCAUCCUUUCCUGUUCCCUCGUUCAAGCCAGCAUUUCUAUGGUGUGGCUGGCAACCUCACCACCUUUUCCUGAUUUUGAUACAGAGUCUCUGACAAAAAGUUUGAUACUAGAAUGUAAUGAGGGGUCUGUCACUAUGUUUUAUAUUGUCUUGGGCUACAUGGGGCUUUUAUCUCUCAUCAGCUUGACUGUGGCUUUUCUAGCCAGGAAGUUGCCAGACAGUUUUAAUGAAGCCAAGUUCAUCACUUUCAGCAUGUUGAUCUUUUGUAGUGUUUGGGUCUCUUUCGUUCCAGCCUAUCUGAGCAGCAAAGGGAAAUCCAUGACCGCCGUGGAGAUCUUUUCUAUUUUGGUGUCUAGUGCUGGGUUACUAGGCUGUAUCUUUUCCCCUAAAUGCUAUAUCAUUGCUUUGAAACCUGAGCUGAACAGGAAAGAGGCACUAAUAAGGAGAAAAAAAUAA